AUGGGAUUUUGGGCUUUGCUCAUCUCCGUGGUGGCAGCGGAGCGUACCUACAACAAUCUGGAUGCGAACGAACCCAGCCCCUUUCCAAGCAGCUGCAAUGGAAGCUACAAUUUGUGGGGCAACUACACAGUGGAGAGCGCUUCCGUAGUGCCCGGAUCAUCAUGCCGGCUGAAUGGCAGGUUUGCCCGAGUUCUGCUUAAGGCGCCUUUGAUUUUUGAAGGGACGCUCAACAUGGAGGGCGACAUUGCUUUCAUUGGGGAUGGAUCCUUCCAACAGGCUUGUGUCACUGCAGACAGCGUUCAAGUGGGUUCAGGCACCUCAGACGACCGCAUCUCAUUUCAAAACUGCCGGAAUAUGCAGACAUCUGGGGGUGGACUCUUCGUGCGACAUGAGCUUUGGGUUAACCUGCAGGCCAGUCUGCAAGUGCAAAAUUGUAGCAGCAGGCAGGAUGGAGGUGGUAUCCAGGUAGAAGGAGAGGUCAUCCAGUUUGGGGGCCACAUUGAAAUCCGUGACUGUAUCAGUCAUAGCGGUUCAGCAGGCGGUCUGCAAGUGGGAAGUGGGCUUGUGCAGCUGUUAGACAGCAGCAUGAGUUUCUCUCGGUGUAGCGCGCGAAGGCAUGGUGGCUGCUUACGGGUUAUGGGCGACUUGACGCUUGAAGGCAAAGUGGAGAUGCAGCACUGUGAAUCGAAGGGGAUGGGGGGGGCAAUCGCUGCGACAGGUACAUUUGCGCAGGAUGGUGGAGCGAUGCAGUUUUCCCAUUGCGCUUCGAAGCUUGCUGGUGGUGCUCUUCGGGCAAAGGCUUUUCACCAGUCCCAUGGAUACGCACGUUUUGUAUCCUGCGCGGCAAGAGUUGGAGGAGCGCUUUACAGCUUGGAGGGAGUGCAGCUGGGAGGCAACAACGUGUUUGAGUCUUGCACUGCCGGCAUGGGAGGCGGUGGCAUUGCAAGCUGGGGUGGUAGCCUCGUGCAACGUGAUGGAAGCGCUCAAUUUUCUGAGUGCCAGGUGUAUACUGGUUCCGGAGGUGCCGUUUAUCUACCACAGGGUAGUGUGUAUCAGAAUGGCAGUCUGACCUUUCAGAAUUGCCACGCACAGAAUGGUGGAGCCGUGUUUGCAAAAGGCGAUCUUCGGCUGGGAGGUGAUGUGUCUUGCAGAAACUGCACUGCAAAGGUGAUGGGUGGUGCUGUUGCAGUCCACGGCAACAUUUGGCAGACUGGCAAGAGUCUUGUAGUCGAAUCAUGCCGUGCCUCUGAAAGCGGGGGUGGAAUUUAUGUGCAGAAGUCUUUCUUCCAGCAGAGCGGGACCGUCUCCUUCCAAAACUGCAGUAGCUUGCUGAAGGGACAUGGGGGUUGCCUCUGGACAGCUGUGUUCAACAAGUCUGGCGGUUCGACAGUCUUCAGAUCUUGCUUUGCUUCCCGCGGAGGAGGAGCGCUCUUCAGUGCAUUUAGUGUGCAGCUGACUGGCCCAACCCUGUUUGCCGAUGGAUUGGCUUGGGGAGACGGUGGCUGUAUGCAGAUUCAACAUGGUAGCCUUGUCCAAUUUGGGGGAAGCACUGACUUUGCUCGCUGUACGACUUUCAUGGCAGGAGGCGGCUUGCAUGUCGUGGCUGGUGGCCUCACACUUGCCUCUGGCAGCAUGAGCUUUACAAAUUGCACAGGUAUCUCGAAAGGUGGUGGAGCUCUAGUGGAGCAGGAUGUGGAGUCUAGCGGCAACCUCACAUUUCAGACUUGUGUAUCCAACGGCCAGGAUGGGGGUGGAGGCCUACUGGUACGUCAGGGCGACCUGCUGCAGCGCGGUGGGACCAUCCACUUGGCGAGAUGCACGGCAUCGCAUGGAGGCGGUGUGCGCAUCCAGCAAGGAUCUCUUCGUGUCGCUGCUGGAAAGAUGAGCUUUGUGCAGUGCCAUGCCACGGAGUCGGCGGGCGGCAUGCUUGCCCAUUCCAAUGUACACGUCAGCAGUGAGAUGACCUUCAAGGGCUGUGUCGCUGGUGGUGCCCGUGGAGGAGGCGGGCUUCUCAUAGCAUCUGGCAACUUGACACAGGCUGGGGGCUCCCUCAGCUUCGAGAAAUGUGCCGCGCGGGCUGGCUAUGGAGGCGGCCUCAACUUGCUCAACGGUUCUCUGCAUCAAAAGCCUGGUGGCAGUCUCCUUUUUUCCAGGUGUGAGGCCAGAGCUGGUGGUGGAUUGGCAGUAAAACGGGAUGCCACCUUGUUGGGCUUCGCAAACUUCCGCGAAUGCGUUGCACGCAGCCGUGAUGCCAUACGCGGGGGUGGUGGCUUAUACAUUGACUAUGGCAAGCUGGAGCUCCAUGGGCACCUGGAAUUUAUUCAGUGCAUGACCAUGGGCAAUGGAGGUGCAGUACUUGUAAAGGCCGGCCGAAUUGCCACUCAAGGCAACAUGUCGAUCCAGUCUUGCACCGCUAGACGAGGUGGAGGUGGUAUCUACCUUUUGGCGGAGAGUUGGACCAGAAGGCUGGCUGGAUGGAAUUCCGAGACUGUGCAGCCUACAGCGGCCAUGGCGGUGGAAUGUGGGUAG